AUUUGGUGUCAAUAAUCUUUCGAUCAUUGACACCUUAUUUUCAUAUUCUAGCAAAUUCAUUUCAUUUCAAUUUUGAGAAGAUCAUGGGAAGAUGAACACAUAAAAAUUCCAUUGGCCGUCCCCGCUUACAUGUAGUCAAAGAUUGACGCCCGGGGGAGACGUGAAAGUUGACCUUUGACACGCGUCACCAGACAGACAGCAUUCGUUUCUUCAUCAACAUACUGCACAUGAGGCCGGCUGCAUUAUUUAGUCUGCACAGUCAUGUUCACUACAUGUACAUGUACCUCACAUCAUACAUCUAUGUGCCUAGCGAAUAAGCGCUUGGAUUCAGCUUCUUGUGUGGACGUGCAUAUAACAUUGUGUGGAAUUCCCCGCCGUUGUUUCGUUGAUUGUACAUGAAUACCGUAUGCUGACGUCCGUCCCACGCUCGAAGUGGUUUUGCAGUUUCUGUUUUGCUGUGGCUGGGUGUACUGGUACGUGAGCAGACAAGCUAACCGCACGCGUACAGCAGGGACCCUGACUGUAUCACGGGUAUACCUGGAUUCACUUCGCAGUUUCACCACCUAUUCCUCGAACUUCACUUUGGAAAAACUCAUUUUAUGGAAGAUAUUGAACAGAUUGUAGCGUGUUACAGACGGAGGAGUUAUCCUGAUAAUAAUAUUGUCAGACAGAAAAGUGCAGUUGUCGACUGUACAUGUACAUUCAUCGCACACCGAUUUUUUUUUUUUGGAAAGGCAAACCAGACUACUUCAGACUACACGGAUCGAUAAAGGCACACAACAUUGUACUGCGUGGAUGGAGUGCUUUCCUUGUAAACAGAACUUUCUCUUUCACGACACUCGUCUUGCACUUGCAACCUGUAAACCUGCAAGGCAGCAGUUGGUGACUUUUUGGUGUUUUCCCCCUUAUUUCGCAACAUCAUGGACAUGACGGUGUGCGCGUAAGGAGCUGAAUCAUUAUGGCCACUAAUGAUAGUUAACCACGUACACGGUAACAGACGGUCCGAGUGCACACGUCAACUCUCACAUUGGAAAGUUUAUUUAUUUUGCACAGAAGUACACAGUAUGAUGUAGAAACUAAAAGUUAUCCUCAAUUUCACUGGUCUGGGAUCAUGAGGCAAAACUAUGCAGGCGAAAAUGCGAGUAUAGCAUGUACAGUUCAUGUACGUUUUGCUCUGUGGACGACGCAUCGAAAGUGCACUUGCUUGACGUGUUUGUGGUGUCGCUGGAUGGUUUAUUUACUACGUGUUUGCGCAACACAUAUUGUGGAUAAAUAGUCUGAUGCAACUUCUAUACACUUUGUGUACAUUUUAAGGUGUGCGUCCAUCCGAACACAUUCUUUUCAUCAUUGAAAGAGUAUUACACAUAGAGAUUGUGAGCUUCUUGAAGAUUUCCGUGAGCACCACCUCGACUCUUGAAAUCUUUUAGGAAACUGAAUGAAUUGUGAUGCGCGAAAUUGUUUCUAACAACAUCCUCAGAGGAAUGUUAUGUUCCCGAAUUUAUUGCUGAGAAGAGAGCUUUGGAUUCUCAAGUAAGGAUGGACGGAGGUGGCGGGUAGAGGUCAGUUUCGCUGUCUGAAUGACACUGAAAAUUAAAUCACGAUUCCCAUCGCCAGUCUGGGCAGUUCAGAUCCAUGGGUAGCUUGAACUACUGCGAUGGGCAUCAGACUAUCAGGCGGAGGGAAUACCACGGCAUCAUGGCCUCUGGUUAUGACGUGAUCGAAUCCUUCGGAUGCCACCUGAGCUGGACUGAGCUGCGCCCCGUGGUUGCAGACCGACAGACUCUCAGUCGAGAGGAAGGUAUCCUUGCCAGGGAGGAGUGGGACUUCAGCGACCGCCCCACCUACUACACAGCUAUCAAGAAUCUGCAGGGAUUCAUUGCCUACCACUUGAACAAGCACGACCAGGCUUUGGGGUCCUUCCGUGAUGUCCUGAAAAACGACGAGAAUAACAUCAACGCCCUGGGAAAUCUCGCUUUCAUCCAUGAAAGGCUGUUCGAGAUUGACGAGCGGAAUCAGUACUGGGACAAGCUCAAGAGGGUUCUUGAUAGAGCUAGUUACGAAGAGAGGGCUAGGGCCUAUGCUGAUAAGGCCCAUGCUAUUCGCUACUUCGAGCAGUUCAAACGGUGCUUUCGGUACAUGAGAUUCAUCGAGAGAGCUGCGACUAUCGGGAGAAAAUGCGACGGUCCGCAGAGAGCAGAAUGGUUCUUCGACUAUGCCCUGGCUUUGUACAGGAGAGACGUCCAGAUGCUAUACCUCAGGAAACUUGCCAAGGAGGCAGACUUCGCGCCUGAGCAUUCUGAGUGCUACUCGGAUGACAAAAUCAGGGAGGGAUUCCUGAAGGCCUGCCGGUUUUUCCUGGAUGUGGCCCGAACCAGCACCUCGAGGGAUUACCAAGCUUUGUCCUGGGUAUUCCUGGGGAUCCUUGUCAAUCACGACCCGAAACACAGAAGCAUCGCGAUGGCAUUCCCCGAUGAACCAGACCUCCAACACCUCACGGCAGGAGAUUGCUAUGAAAGAGGCCUGGAGAUCCACCCGGAACAUGUCAUUGUUCUCCGCAGGGUAGGGUCGGAAUAUGUCAAGCUAGGACGUUUUUCUGAGGCCAAGUUUCUGCUGGACAAAUCUCUUGAUAUGCUCACAUCACAAUUUGGGUAUAGACACCGUGCACUCAUGUUCCUGGGUAUGUUUGAAGCAGCUGACGACGAGGACAGAAGGACAGGGCAGGCGAGACAGUGGCUCCGAGAAGCUGUCAAAGACCUCCACAAGGCUCUUGAAAUGAAGGAGUUCCACGCAGAUUACUCAGACCUGGGAUAUGCUUAUUUUCUCCUCGGGGAAACAGAUAAGGCCCUGGUCAAGUUCGAACGGGCUACAAACAGUGAGCAAGACGAUUACUUUGACACGGUGUUGACCCAUCAGCGAUGGGCUCAGUGUCUGGAAAGUAAACACCAGCGGGAAGGUAGCUUGCUACAACUAGAGGAGGCCAGAAAAGUCCGAGGGAAGAUCCUAGAAACUCCCCUCGAGGAGGAUCAGUCGGACUUCUUCAGCGACGACUUUGACCACUACAGUACCAAAGAGAAACCUGGCUUUGUCCGAAUUCUCCAAGACUACCACUUCUGGGCAGCUUAUUCCAGGAGACGCACCUCUGAACUGAAUCCCCCAGAGGCGCUGGACACGCCUCACAUCAGGACCCGCUAUCGGUACGACUUCUUUGUAUUUCAUGCGGAGAGAGACAGCCGGUGGACGGUGGCGUUCGUCCACAAGCUGGAGUCAGAGCACGGGCUCUUGGGCAGCAUCCAGCGGCGAGACUUUGAGGUCGGAAGGGACGUCUCCUCCGAGAUGAUACGAUGUUUGAGGGAGAGCUACAGGUUUAUCAUCAUCCUCACUCCUCGACCUCCCACCGUUAGCUUGGGCUGGGAAUCAUUUGCCAUCAAUCAGGCGGUUAUGGAAGGCAGCAGACGAGGUGAGGAGUACAUGGUACCCAUCAAGCUCCGAGAUUGCUCCGUUCCUGAUGUGCUUCAGACUCUAACUGUCCGGGAGUGCGAAGAGGGCCAACUCCUGAAGAAACACUGGAACGAACUGGUGCAGAAACUAACACAAGGGCGGUAACAUUCUGUCCACCUGUUCAUUACACCUGUUAAGUCCACUUCAGUUCAAUUUAAAAUAAUUGUUUUCCUGCUCUUUGUGGGUUUUGUUCAGGCUCAAUGUCAUGGUUCUGCUGACGUAUAGCCUAACUGAAGAAAGAUCAGCGUGCUUUUAUACAUUUUAGCAAGGAAUUGGGCGCGUGCGUACAUUCCUAGCGCAGAAUUUCUUUGCUAGCGCUGUAAGCACGAUCAUAAUGGUGACCAUAAGCGCAGAACUCGAUGAUUAAGCAUCGCCAUGAAAUCGAGCCGGCCCAAUUUCACGGCGCUGCUAAUAAGCACAAAAAUGUGCUUAGCACAAAAAGUCUAGCUUUUAA